GCUUUAAAAGGAAGUGACAUGGGUGGGGAGAGACGUCAGCUGAGGACCACUUUUUUUUUUUCUUCCCGAAGGGUCCACCCCAUGGGUGGAGUCUCGCUUUUUCUUUCCAGUGUUGGCUGAUUUACAGCGCCUAUAAACUAGUGGCAAUUUCGGAACCCAGCCGGCUCCCUUCGGUCUCUGAUUUCUAAGUCCAUGUGCCAGGGCUGCCAGGAAGGAGACGCUCUUCCGAGUCCUGGAUCUGUCUCCCUUCUGGAAACAUUCUGCAGCAGACAUUUACUUAUUUUUGAAUAAAAGCAACCACACACCAUGGACCUCGCGGGGUUGCUGAAGUCUCAGUUCCUGUGCCACCUGGUCUUCUGUUACGUGUUCAUUGCCUCGGGGCUCAUGAUCAAUGCCGUUCAGCUCCUCACCUUGGUCCUGUGGCCAAUCAACAAGCAGCUCUUCCGGAGGAUCAACUGCAGACUGUCCUAUUGCAUCUCCAGCCAGCUGGUGAUGCUGCUGGAGUGGUGGUCAGGCACAGAGUGUACCAUCUUCACGGACCCGCAGGCCUACACCAAAUAUGGGAAGGAAAAUGCCAUUGUGGUUCUGAACCACAAGUUUGAAAUUGACUUCCUCUGUGGCUGGAGCCUGGCUGAACGCUUCGGGCUCUUAGGGGGCUCCAAAGUCCUGGCCAAGAAGGAGCUGGCAUACGUUCCCAUCAUUGGCUGGAUGUGGUACUUCACCGAGAUGGUCUUCUGCACGCGCAAGUGGGAGCAGGAUCGCAAGACGGUUGCUACCAGCCUGCAACACCUCCGGGAUUAUCCCGAGAAAUACCUGUUCCUGAUCCACUGUGAGGGCACGCGGUUCACGGAGAAGAAGCACCAGAUCAGCAUGCAGGUGGCCCAGGCCAAGGGGCUGCCCGGCCUCAAGCAUCACCUGCUGCCACGCACCAAGGGCUUCGCUGUCACCGUGAGGAGUUUGAGAAAUGUAGUUUCAGCUGUAUAUGACUGUACACUCAAUUUCAGAAACAAUGAAAACCCAACACUGCUGGGAGUCCUCAAUGGAAAGAAAUACCAUGCAGAUAUGUACGUGAGGCGGAUCCCCCUGGAAGACAUUCCCGAGGAUGAUGACAGGUGCUCCGCCUGGCUCCACAAGCUCUACCAGGAGAAGGAUGCAUUUCAGGAGGAGUACUACAGGACGGGCACCUUCCCCGAGACACCCAUGGUGCCUCCCCGGCGACCUUGGACCCUGCUCAACUGGCUGUUCUGGGCCUCGCUGCUGCUCUACCCUUUCUUCCAGUUCCUGGUCAGCAUGGUCAGCAGUGGUUCCUCCUUGACACUGGCCAGCUUUGUGCUCGUCUUCUUUGUGGCCUCCGUGGGAGUCCGAUGGAUGAUCGGUGUGACAGAAAUUGACAAGGGCUCUGCCUACGGCAACUUCGACAGCAAGCAGAAACAAAACGACUGACUCAGGGACUCUCACCAUCCGAAGGGAACCUUGGGGAACUGGUGGCCUCUGCAUACCCUCCUUAGCAGGACACAGGGACAGUGAUGAGGCUGGGUGAGGUCCUGCGGGGCAGAGCGGAGGUCGUGGGCUCUCCAGCCAGGGAGUCUGGCCUCAAGGCCGGAUGGGGAGGAGGAUGCUCUCCAAUCUUUUCCCCCAUGUGUUUUGGUGGGUUUCGGUUUCCUUUCUUUUUCUGUGAGUGUGAGAAUGGAUGUGUGGCCGAGUGUGAGCCUUGUUCUGUGAUCACUCAAAGGGUAUUUCAGAUUGCAGGGGAGGGCAGGGCUGAGGACUGGAGGGGUCAAGUUUCCCUUUCAUCCUUUGGUGCUGAGUUUUCUGUAACCCUUGGUUGCCAGAGAGAGAGAGUGAAAAGCGCUUUAGGUGAGACGACUAAAUUAUGCCUCCAAAAAACACAAUUAAAGUGCUUGUCUGGGUCA